CCUUCACGGAUACAUAACACUAUAUUCACAUUUUCCAAUUCAUUAAAACCCUUCACCUUGUCCUCGUUCUAAAUACGAUCGCUUUCGCUAUCUAACCAACCCCGUCUCACGAUAUAACUCAUCUCACCAAUCCUCUUAGCUCAUCCUCGUCCGGUAUCAGGCUACAACUCAAUUUUAUCCCUAGAUGUCUUCUCUACAGACUUCCGAUCUGAUAAUGCCUGCCCAUGCGCACUCACUCUAAUCUGCAUGUUCCAAUAUGGAGUUUGUACCCCAAGAGAGUUGAUACGGGUGUUGGAGACGGCUUAUCCAGGGCGUCUGUUUUUGACCAGCUUGCUCAUGCGUCCGCUGUUCUCGAGCAUAGCAUCGUUUACACUUUUGCAUAUUCGCCAUCAGACUUGGAGCCACGUACUUUCCCUGCGCACAAAUUUAUUGGGGCUUAUAAGCACAAAGAGGUCCUUGUAGUGCUGGCCUUUGCAUUUAUUGUUGAUAUAUACUUGCCCCGACCCACCCAAAAACGAUCAGUUGUAUCUCAAUGCUCGAGUAGUCCAUCUAUAUGGACAGCCCAGAUAGACGAAAAGGAAACGGUGAUUUCCAUGAAGACACCUUCUUCCGCGAAUCUUUGUUUUCAAUUUCAAUUUCCCCCCUCGCACUUCAUUCGUUUGAGUCCGUCCACUGGUUCAGAUGAAUGAGCAGGACCGUUGCACGCUCAGCUGUCUAAUCUUCGACAUGCUACUCAGGGUGCCCGUGAUUGAGCUUCCAUGGAUCGUGCUUCCUUUCUUUGAUUACACAACUGACGGCCGCUAGUUUUCGCAAGUGUGGAAUUUUGGUCUAUCGGUCAUCCAGGCUCGUGUGCGACCUAGGCGAGCAGAUAACGACUUGUUGAAGU